AUGUUAGGAUUAAGUGUAAGAAGCAUCGUUCGGAAGGCGUGCGUGAAGAAUGUUUUACUACAAUCCUUCCAACCAAAGUGCCGCAACGAGUUGGAAAGAUGCCGACAAUUAACACAACUCUUCUUUUGCCGAGAAAGGUACACCGAUUCGAGCAAGUACAAGGGAGGAAAGCAAGCAGGCCAGCGACAGAAAGCGAUCGCAUCAAAACACGAAGACGAUGAUGAAGCAUUGGAUGAAACGAUGAACCAACGGACGGAGCUGAUAGAGGAUCGCGAGUACGACACGGUUGCAUCCAGUGCGAUGCAUGUAACGAAACAGAUCCUCAACGUACAGCAUGUAGUGAUCAUACAACCCUACAUCAAAUGGGGACCACGAAAGAAUCCCACCAAACCGGACCUACUGCUCCAGGAGGCGGAAGCGCUCGUCCGUUCGCUGCCCCGAUGGAACAUUGAGCUCAGCAUGAAGGUGCCAGUGGAAACGCUGGACAAGCGGCAACUGUUCGGCACCGGUAAGCUGGAGGAACUUAAAGGCAUCAUCCAGGCGCGGCAAGAAACCGGCACACCACUCACCUGUGUGUUCAUCUCCAAGGGUACGCUCACCUACGGCCAGAAGCAAACGCUCGAGCAAGUGUUUCGGCUGCCAGUGAUGGAUCGUUACUCGGUAGUCGUACAGAUACUUCGGCUGCACGCGGUCAGCAUGGAGGCAAAGCUGCAGGUCGCCCUUGCCGAGCUACCGUACAUCUGGUCCCAGGUGAAGGACCAGGAAGGAUCAACGAAAGGCGGCGGUCGUAUCUUUCUGAGCGACUCCCAACGACAAAUGCUACAGUUGCGCGAGCGCAAGUUGCGCAACGAACUGGCCACGAUCCGCUCCCACCGUGAGCUGCUGCGCAAUCGACGCCGGCAGAAAAACUUCCCCGUCGUAGCCGUGGUCGGUUACACCAAUGCGGGCAAAACGUCGCUCAUUAAAGCGCUGACGGAGGAGCAAAGCCUGCAGCCGCGGGAUCAACUGUUUGCAACGCUGGACGUGACGGCUCACGCCGGCCUGCUGCCCUGCAAGCUCGAGGUGCUGUACAUGGACACGGUUGGCUUUAUGGCGGACAUACCUACCGGGCUGAUUGAAUGUUUCGUGGCCACGCUCGAGGACGCUAUGCUGGCCGAUGUGAUCGUGCACGUGCAGGACAUGGCGCACGAGAACUGUGCGGAGCAGCGUGCGCACGUGGAGCGCACGUUGGGCAAGCUGAUGCAGCAGGGCAACAACGGGGACCGAGCGCUAACCCCCGAGCGUAUCAUUAAUGUGGGCAAUAAGAUCGAUCUUGUCGCCGACCCGGCCGACCUGCGCAUGGACAGUGACGGCGAGCAGCAGCGACUGCAUCUCAUCUCCUCCCGCACGCUGGUCGGUGUGCACGAGUUGCUGCUGGAGGUGGAACGACGUGUGUUGCGCGCUACGGGACGGCAGCGCAUGGUGAUACGGGUGCCGAUGGGUGGGCAGGAGUUGGCAUGGCUGUACAAGAAUGCGGCCGUGACGGAGUCGGCCGCCGAUCCGAACAACGCCGAACGGUUGCUGGUGAGUGUGGUGAUAACCGAGGCCAAGUUGCAACAGUUUCGCCAUUUGUUCAUUCGAAAUCGCGGCUGACAAGAACGGUCAAAGUCAAAUAAAUGGUUUGUUAAUGUUAUACAGGAA